CGCAGCUCCAGCUAGCGUCUGUGAUGUGGGCGACGUAACGGUGUGCGGUCCCUCCGCUUUGGACUAGUCCUAGAAUAACACCUCUUUCUUUUCGCUGGUCUUUUUGCGAAGGGUCUCUUAUUUGAGCGUUUUUCUCGGCUCUCCCUUCCAGUGAAGUGCGGCUCUCAGAGCGGGGAAGGGCUUUGCUACGAGCCAGCAGCAGCAAGCGGAGCAGCCGCCGAGCGAGCGACGCUUCCCAGCUUUUAUGGGGAAGAGGAGGGAGAAGUUUCCGGUGUUCCGACAAUAAUGCAGUGAUUACAUACGUGGCUCGGUGUCUGCUCGGUUUUUUAGCCUGUAGCCCUUUAACUUUCCUUUGGACUCCUCAAAGGUUGACGAUGACCUAAACCGAUGCUUGGAUCCAAACAUCUGCAAAGGAGAUGAGUCAGCUUUGGUGGCGAGCCAAGCGCCUGUCGGAGAGGUUGGGAAGCGACUCCCCCGAUGGCCUUCCCCCAGGCUCCCCGAGCACCGUGGCCCCUCGGGGCCCCAACUCCUCAUGGGCCCCCAUCGCGCCGGUGGUCAGGCCAGAGGAGCCGUUCUUCCUCAUGACGUCCACUGCUCAGGCUAUCUCCGGGUUCUUCGUCUGGACAGCGCUUCUCAUCACGUGUCACCAGAUCUACAUGCACCUCCGUUACUACAGCUCUCCGAAUGAGCAGAGACACAUAGUCAGGAUCCUCUUCAUCGUCCCCAUCUACGCCUUCGACUCCUGGCUCAGCCUCCUCUUCUUCACCAAUGAGGAGUAUUACGUGUACUUCGACACAGUCCGAGACUGCUACGAAGCAUUUGUCAUCUACAACUUCCUGAGUUUGUGUUAUGAAUAUCUCGGAGGAGAAAGCGCCAUCAUGGCUGAAAUCAGAGGGAAACCCAUCGAGUCCAGCUGCAUGUACGGGACCUGCUGUCUGUGGGGGAAGGCCUACUCCAUUGGUUUCCUCAGGUUUUGCAAACAGGCCACUCUUCAGUUCUGUGUGGUCAAACCUCUGAUGGCGGUGAUCACUGUCAUUCUUCAGGCCUUCGGCAAAUACAAAGAUGGAGACUUCAAUGUGGCCAGUGGCUACCUGUACGUCACCAUCAUCUACAACAUCUCUGUGAGUCUGUCGCUCUACGCGCUCUUCCUCUUCUACUUUGCCACGCGCGAGCUGCUCGUCCCUUACAACCCCGUGCUCAAGUUCUUCAUGGUGAAGUCGGUCAUCUUUCUCUCGUUCUGGCAGGGGAUGCUGCUGGCCAUCCUGGAGAAAUGCGGCGCCAUUCCUCAAAUCAACUCCGCCGACUUCUCCGUGGGGGAAGGAACGGUCGCAGCCGGCUACCAGAACUUCAUCAUCUGCAUCGAGAUGUUCUUCGCCGCUGUGGCUCUGCGCCACGCUUUCACCUACAAGGUCUACAUGGACAAAAGGCUGGACUCUUAUGGCUCAUUUCCAAACUACGGACAAUACGGUCGCUGCGCUCCGAUGAAGAGCAUCUCCAGCAGCCUUAAGGAAACCAUGAACCCCGGCGACAUGGUCCAGGACGCCAUCCACAAUUUCUCCCCGGCCUACCAGCAGUACACCCAGCAGUCCACGCUGGAGCGGGGGGGCGGGCCGUCCCUGUCCCGCAGCCACAGCAACGUCAGCACCCGGGGCGACAACGAGAAAACCCUCCUGCUGAGCUCCGACGACGAGUUCUGAGACCGGCGGCCCCCUCUGCGGCUGACACGGAUCGGAUCUUUCAUUUAGGCCUUAACAUUAAACGUGCCGUUAGUUUUAAUUUGAAUAAGAAAGAGAGCUCAGGUUAUCAGGCUAACGGGGGACCGACGGCAGCGGCUGGUGAUCAGACAGAGGUGUGAGCGAGCAUAAAGGGUGAGCCUAGGGAGCGAGGAGGUGCUGCAGAGCGAGGGAGGAGAGCACCGUCAGAAUCUUUUAAAGGUCAAGUUAUUUGUGUUGAUGUCACGCAGCAGCUGGGGCUGCUGCUGUUACAGAGACCAGCUAAACAUCUGCAUCCAGAAGAUGGAUUAGUGCAAAUAACCGUGCCUCCUCAUAGCAUCUGGGUGAUGCACUCUAGAUGGUAGAGCAGAAAAGAUAAGCCAGAGAAAAUAAGUGCCAUCUUCCUUUAAAAUAUGUGGCUUUCUUCCUUCUUUUUUUUUUUUACUUAUUAAAACAUUGCCAAAAAAAAAGAGAACUCUGAGAUGAUUUCGAAGCAUAGAGUUGCUUUAUAGUGAAAGGUACGGAGCUGAGCUUUGAUGGGCUGGCUUUGGGUGUUUUAUUUUUUUUUUUUAAUUAUAAAUAAUUUUAUAUAUGUUAUGCUGUGUGUACAACUCGUUAACACACUGUUUGAGAAACGUGUGUCAGCUAUAUCGGGUCAACGUGUGUCAGCUAUAUUAUGGAAAAACUCUGUACUUUGUUGUUAUUGUAGGAUUGUUUGUGAAAAAGCGGCAGAGGUGAACCCUGCGGUCAGCGUGACUCCCUCCGGCUUCUCGUCUGUUCGGGCCUCACAGAACAGCUGUAGGAGAGAUUGUUUUGCUUUUUUAGCGUGGGCGGGGUGGGGGGGACGAGCGGAAGGACGGCGCCCACGCAGAUUACAGAUUACCCAAGAAGCAGCGCUUCCUGCUGAGCUGGCCCAGCUGUGAUAUGCUGGAGUCUGUAAUCUUAUAAUUGACGGCAUUGACUGCGAUGCUCUGCGCAGACCAGGCCUGCCCCUGCUGGUUCUGACAUGUAACGGCAUUUCUACUGUAGUAGAUUUCAGAUUUAACACUAUGAUCCUUUGGGUAAAGGAAGACUUUUAACCGUAAGGGGAUUAGUAUUCCUGACAGUACGUGCAUUUUAAUGUUUUGUUGAAAAAAAAAGAAUGUGUUGAAGAUUGUAUCAAAGCAAAACAAAUUGUGAUUUCUGUUGUCUUUGCUGUCCUCUGCUGGCUUUAAUGACCUUUCUCUAAGACAUAAUGGAAAUCGUUAUAAACCUUUACAUUUCAGCCGUUACUUGCUGGUGUCUUUCAUGCCUCUGAAUGUAUAUCUUCUCGCUUCUUCAAUCACAUAUUUUACAUAUCGGUUUAAGUUGAUAGGCAAAAACGAGGCACCUCAGAGUACAGCUCAUAUGAAUGAAUGGAUUCAGUAAAGGUGGAAACUAGUGUGUCAGUAGGAUGAGAACCUUACGAUUGAUUAGGGACGUCCUGAUCCGACCCAAAGCAUCAUAUUUUUCACUUAUGUCUGAGUCUCUGACUAAACCCAACUCCCACUGCUUGUCGUGAUUGUGUUUCUGUCACAGUUUUCUUGACUGUUAAAAAAUCACAGCCGAUACUCACGUGGACAGAUGUUUUUUUUUUUUUUUCUUAAUCUAAUGAAGCAGAGGUUUUUCCUUCAAAAUUCAAGUGGGGUUAUUACCCUCUCCAGUGUUCACGGUGAAAGAGAGACUGAUUUGAUUGUUGCCCCCCACGUUGCGUUAUUGUAAAGUGACCUUGUACCCCAGACAGCGACGGGGUAGAAGAGAGCCGCGCCAAGAGCAGCUGAGACGGCAGUCAUUAAAUGUUAUGCUGUUCAUAGCAAAGCCCUACACGAAGCAUGGGGAGAACUUUUUCUGCAGGGUUUCUUCAGAAUAAUUGACUAGGGCCAGAGCGAGAAUGUGUUUUAUACCCAAUUAUCAAUGAGUCAUAUCAAAACAGAGAGCAAAGAUGCUAGCGUUAGCCUACCACUUCAGUAAAAAAAAAAAAAAGAGAGUUCAAAAUGGACUGUAGCUGUAUGUGUCGAGACUGAUACAUCUUAAGAAACAUUAGGCUGUCCUCUGAAAUUUCCCGUUGAGAUAAAAUAUCUCCAAGUGUCAAAAUAAACUGACGAUACAGCAUUUUGACUCUGUGAGAGCAGAUUCUGAUACAAUCUGCUCUCACAAUAUGUUCAAGACAUCGCUAUUCUUCUUCUUUUCUAAUCUUUUAUUCCACAGAAUAUUGUUUCUAUUCCAGUAGUUUUGCACUCUUUGGCGGCUGAUAUAUUUCUUCAAACUAUGAUCUGCAUCGUCUGUGUGUCCUGCUAGCAACUCUUCAGCGCUUGCUACAGCAGUUCGAAAAAGUCUAAUUCACGACCCAAACUUCAGCCCUCAGUUAUUGUUUUAUUCUGGCUUUAGUAUCUUGAUUUAAAACAAUAUAAAACCGUUUUGAUAUUAUGUAUAAAGUCCGUCACAUCGCUGGAAGCUUUGUGAGUUGUGUAAAUAGAGUUAAAUGAAGCACUGUGGGAUGCUUGUAGGGGAUGAAUGUGUACGGCAUCGGGUCAGUGGACUGCUCUGUUUGAAUAUUUCAGCAUUGGUUUUUAAUUUUGUAUAUCCUGCCGUUUUUAGUUGUAUACUUUUUAAUAUGUAUAUUGGUUAUUUGUUUUGAUGCUACGUUGACUUCAGUUGGUGUUGGAAAGCAAAUAAAGGAAAUAUGGGGAAAACUA